AUGGAGAAACCGGAGAAGAGAGGGGUGAUCGACACGUGGCUUGAUAAGCACCGUUCGAUUUACACGGCGGCUAUACGCCAUGCCUUCGUCGUCUCCAUCCGCGACGGAUCCGUUGAUCUCUCGUCCUUCAGAACAUGGCUGGGACAAGAUUAUCUGUUCGUGAGGGGAUUCGUGCCGUUUGUAGCGAAUGUUCUGAUCAGAGCCGGCAAAGAAUCCGGCGAGACUUCCGACAUGGAAGUCGUGCUUGGUGGUUUAGCGUCGUUGAACGAUGAAAUCGAAUGGUUCAAGAGUGAAGGAUCGAAGUGGGGUGUUGAUUUCUCGACCGUCGUGCCUCAAAAGGCUAAUCAAGACUAUCGCAGGUUUAUGGAAGCUCUGAUGAGCAGUGAGGUGAAGUUUUCGGUGAUGAUGACAGCUUUCUGGGCAAUCGAAGCAGUGUAUCAAGAGAGCUUCGCUCACUGUUUGGAAGUCGGGAACAAAACUCCGGCGGAGCUUACCGGAGCUUGCAAUCGUUGGGGAAACGACGGGUUUAAAGAGUACUGUUCAUCUGUCAAGAAGAUCGCCGAACGUUGUCUGGAGAAUGCUUCCGGCGAAGCUCUGGCCGAAGCUGAAGAUGCUCUUGUACGUGUUCUUGAACACGAGGUCGCCUUCUGGGAGAUGAGCCGUGGAGGACAGUAG